AUGACAAUGAAAUCUAAAAUUAAAACAUUCUUUGGUGCUAAUAGACAAUAUGCUGUAGCAGGAGCAUCAAAUAAUCCGUCAAAAUUUGGUUAUAAAAUCUUAAAUUGGUAUAUAAAACAUAAUUUAUCAGCAAUACCAAUAAAUCCAAAAGAGAAAGAAAUUUUAAAUCAACCAGUUGUUUCUAAUGUUCAAACUAUAUUAAAAGCUAUAGAAAAUCAUAAAGAUUUAGAUACUUACAAGACUUCAAAAGUUGAUGGAUUAAGUAUUUCAUUUUUAACUCCUCCUGCUAUAACUGUGGCUACUUUAAAAGAAAUUGGAGAAAUUGAAGGUUAUAAAUCUAUUAUAAAAGGUCUUUGGUUUCAACCUGGUAGUUAUGAUCAAGAAGUAUUAGAUUUAGCUGAAAAAUUAGGUGAAUUUGAUAAAGUUAUUGAAGAAGAUGAAUGUAUUUUAGUUAGAGGUGAAGAAGGUUUAAUAUCUGCUAAUUUAUAA